GAGGGGAAAGCUCUCUCUCCUUCCUUUUAAUUUUUCUUUCUUUUUUUAUGCUUUGGCCUCUUCAUCGCCAUCAUUAGUAAGAAAGUUCAUAGACCCAUCGCUUCAAAUUUGAGAUUUCUCUGCAAAUUUCAACUACCCAAUACAGAGUGUGUGAGAGCAGUGACCAAAUUUAGUGGGUUUCGUUAUUCAGAUCUUGUUCCUGAUCACGAAACUGUAAGAAAUCCCAGAUGGGUACUCUUCUUAUCAGUUGAGAAGCAAUAAAGACGCGAUCCGUUUUGAUUGCCGUAUCAGAUUCGGGCUCUUUCUUUGGUUUCUGUGAUCCGGGUUUUGCUCAGUUCCUCUGUUUCUUCAGCAUUUGGGUGUUUUUUUUAUGGCAUGAGAUCAAGAAUCCGAUUUUAAUUCUCGUUUUGUUUUCUGAUCUGUGUUCUUCUUCUUUGGGGUUUAUUUGGUUCUUUCGAAGUGAAGUAAUUGAUGGAGGAAGAUCAAGAACAAAAGCAUGUAUGCAAGUUCUGUAGAAAGAGAUUCCCUUGCGGAAGAUCCUUGGGAGGUCACAUGAGGUCUCAUAUGACCAUGAAUUUAGCUGAUACAGAGGAGAAUCUCAGCAAGCGCAAAGCAGCUUCAGCUACAGCUAAUGGUGGAAGCAACAACAGUAGCAGCUUCGUGGGCUUUGAAGCUAAUGGUGGUCAUGCUUGUUAUGGUCUCAGAGAGAAUCCCAAGAAGACAUGGAGGCUUUCGGAUUCCAAAGAUGGACUGGUUCGACAAGGGAAGUUUUGUAAAGAAUGUGGUAAAGGAUUUCAGUCAUGGAAAGCUUUGUUUGGUCAUAUGAGAUGUCAUUCUGAGAAGGAUAAGGAGAGGGUCUCUAACCAUAGCUUGGAGGAUGAUUCAUGGACUAGUGAGAACCAGAAAUUGGUAAUGGAUAGCCAAUCUGACAAUGAAGGUGCUGCUGCUCCGAGGCGUAGAAGGCGAUCUAGAAGAAUGAGGUACAAGACUGUUACUGCUUCAUCUUCUUUCUCUGUGGCCAAUGCUUCUUCUUCUGUCUCAGAGAUUGAACAAGAACAAGAAGAGGUAGCCAUGUGUUUGAUGAUGCUUUCUAGGGAUGUGGGUCACUGGGGUGGGUUGAAUUCUGUUGUUGCAGAGUCUUCUGAUAAUAAUUCUAUGGUUUUAGAAGCUGGAACUAGAUCUUCAGCUUUGGAUAAGCGAAUUCCUGGAAAGUUUGCCUUUGAUGAUGGGGAUGAGACUCUGAUCAAGAGUCUAAAGAUAAAGAAACCAAGAGACAAGAAGUUAGAAAGGAGAAGAUCUGAAUUCCAGGGUAAUGAUUUCGGGUUCUUGAAGGAUGACCUCAAGAAGGUCGAAUCCGAAGUGUCUGUGGAUGGGUUUCUUAGGGAUGAUGAACUGAAGAAUACGAAGCUUGAAGAUGGAGCUGAAUUGGGGAAGGAUUUCUCCAGUAACAGGAAGUACAAUCGUAAGAAAAGUACAUUGGACUAUUCUGAAGCUGAAUUGGGGAACGAUUCAAUUGAGGAAGUUGGAAUGAAUCGAGCUGAUUCAGAGCUUGGGAAAUAUAAUUCAAGAAAGCGAAGCAGAAGUGAAGCAUACUAUACUGAAUUGGGGGGUGAUUCUAGCAAGAAGAUGAAGCAUGAUGCUUCGGAUUCUGGAAUCUGCAGAGACAGUCAUAAGAGAAGCAGGUUUGAGUGUACUACUUGCAGCAAGACAUUCCAUUCUUACCAAGCUCUUGGAGGACACAGAGCGAGCCACAAGAAGGUCAAAGGCUGCUUUGCUUCGAAGAUCGAAAGCAGUGAAAACAGCAUUGACACAGAUGUUUCUCCUGAUCCAACAGCUGACAGUAAGAUUAACAAGUCUUGCAGCAACGAGACUCUGAUCGAGGAAGAGGACAUUGCAGAGACAAGUUAUGGAUCGAAGAAGAGCAAAGGGCAUGAGUGUCCAAUCUGCUUCAAGGUAUUUGCAUCAGGUCAAGCUUUGGGUGGACACAAGAGAUCCCAUUUGGUUGGGGGCUCUGAAUACAGAUGCAAUCAGACCAUUGUAAUUCAGCAACAGCUUCCUGAGAUUCGUGACUUGCUCGAUCUCAAUCUCCCUGCUCCCGUUGAAGAAGAAACCAGUGGCCACAUGGACUUCAAUCCAUGGUGGGUCAGAAACAACCCAAAGCAUGAACCUUUUGUGGGUCUGAUCUCUAACUGAGAAACCUGAUUAUGGCUAUUUUUCUGAAGAGAUGCAAGAUUGUACAGACAGGUUGGUGGAUAUUAUUUCAUUAAUUCUUUACAGAUUCAAGGUCAUUCUCUGCAAAGGCAACAGUUCAAUUUGCUGCUUAAAGCUUCUAAGUAGCAGUUUUUCUUAGAGCAGCUCUUAAAAGUGUUUUUUUUUUCCCUUUCUUUCUUUCUCCUCCCUUCCAGUCUGAAUAAAUUUCUAUUGUUGCACAUUUCAGGUUUGUCAAUCUGUUCACUUUGAAACUUAAAUACUAUAAUUCAAUUUUAUGUUUCUUCUUCCAA